AUGGAGUUGUUUAUGGUGGUUGCUUGGAUGAUAUGGACCAGGCGUAACAAGAAGCACUUCAACGAGCAGCACCAACCCCCUGAGAAGAUCCCUAAAGCGGCAGCAGCAUUGCUAGCUGAGUUCCAUGGAAAUUCUGUUGGUAGGUCCGACAGAAAACUGACCCACACACAACGUUGGGUACCACCAGAUGAAGGAAUGUAUAAGGUGAAUUAUGACAGGGCUUGUUUUGUGGAUGAAGAGAAAGCAGGCAUUGGUGUUGUGGUGCGGAAUGAUCGGGGUCAAGCCAUGGGAUCUCUAGCAGAGAAAAUUGAAAUGCCAUCGACUGUGGAAGUCUUAGAGGCAAUGGCAGCAAGGAGAGUGAUGAUAUUCAUGGAGGAGUUGGGUUUGAGACAUGUAGUAUUUGAGGGAGACUCCGAGAUUGUGGUAAAAGCACUAGUAGGCCUUUGCCUAGACCGGUCUAGUAUCGGUCAUAUUAUAAAAGAUUGUAAGUCCUUAAGGGGUGUGUUCCAAACUUGUUCUUUCUCUCAUGUUAGGUGGCAGGGCAACGGUGUUGCACAUGCUUUAGCUAGGAGAGCUAGAAUGUCGUUUCCUUUGUUUGUUUGGAUGGAAUAUGUUCCAGCCGACAUUACCUAUCUAGUUUAUGUUGAUGUAACUUCAUAA